AUAAAUUACGGAUAACUACUGGGUACUGAAAGUCACUGCAACCUCAGUGAACACAGGGGUUGUUUGCUUGGCAGACGCGCUAACAAACGAACCAUCCAACACGACUUUACUCCGUCCAAACCGGCGCCUCGUCGUACCGGCUCAUUCCACACACACGCACACCCGCAUCUCAGGGCCCAAGCACAGGCCGCCAGCCUUGCUGUUCCAGACGCCGCUGCAAAAACCUCCCCCAUCUCCGAGUUCCCACAAAACGUCCAGCAUUCUUUCAAUUGACACCCGACCUGCCACUCAUGGAAGCCGCUGCGCGCAGUCGACUCGACAUGAAAGUAAAAGCCGAAGACGAUUCCGGCGACGUCAGAAUGGCCGACGACAAGCCCACGUACCGGUCAUGGAAGAAGAAGUACCGGAAGAUGCGCAUCGUAUUCGAUCAAAAGAUGCACGAAGGCGAAGAGCUUCAUAAGCUAGAGCAGAAAGCGCUUGCCACAGCCCGGAGACUCGCUAUCCAAAAAGAUCGGCUGCUCGAUUUGCUUUUAGAUGUGAACAAUUCGGCUCAGAUCCCGCCAGAGAAGCGGAUAGAUCUCAGCCUCGACCCGCCUUCGGAUGACGAUGCGCUCUUCCUAGACAUCGACCAGCCGUCGACUCCGCGACCGGGCCCAGCGCCAGCCCAGUCCUACAAGAAGUUGCUGCAGGAAGUGCCGCACUUCAAGUUUGCCUCCGCUCCCGAGCGUUUUCCCGAACUGCUCGCCGACCUCGAAGCCGGCCGGGACUCGCCGGCGGACCCAGCCCAAGGCCAAUCCCACCCGCCUUCUUUCCUCUCAGCCGAUGACAUCGACAAUUACAUCUGGGAACUCGACACGCAUCUCUCGAGCGAAGGCGCCGCAGCCGGCAGCGCCAAAAUUGACGCUGCUCCGCUACCUACCCUCGCGCCGCUCGCCCACGCCGACCGCGCCAACCCGAGGGACGCCCAACGCGACCUCGCCCUGCGCAAUCCCACCUCCGUCUACAACUGGCUGCGCAAGCACGCACCGAAGACAUUCCUGCAAGACGGCGAGCACGACAAGGAUGGUGGCAAAGAACACGGCGACGACGGCCCCGGGUCCGCACGCCGCGGCAAGGGCGAGCGCAGCGCUCGGGGGGCGGGCCCUGCGCGCGCCAAGCGUGCCAGCGCGGCGCACAGCCGGACCGCGGCUGCUGCUGAGAGCUUUGAGGAUGUGGAUGACGAGCUCGGCUAUGGCGACCGCGCCGCGACGCCGAGUACGAUAGGCGGCGGCGGCAGCGGGAAGGGGAAACGGAAGAGAGUGGUGGACGAUGAUCCGGGUUACAGGCCCAAGGGUGGCUCUAGUCGGCCUACCAAGAAGAAGCGGAAGAGCGAUGGCGUCGAGAAGGUAUGGGCCUCCCGGGGCCCUCGGAAGUCUGCACCACCGGGUGUGAGCACGGACCGGACGUGAGCAUGAACAACUAUUACUGAUCACUCGGGUCUCACAGCUCACCACAGUGGAUGGACCGGCGGCUGUGGAGACACUGGUAAUGUCUUUUUUCGGGCUUUGGACCCCUAGCGAGUUGUCCAGGGUUGGAGGGUUGCUUGGGGGAGGAGGGGCUGUAGUGUACGGUUGCAGCGCCGCUCCGUUCUCACGGACAACUAGGGUUUCGGAUGGAUUUGGAGUUCCGGGAUGAUUUAUCAUAUGGGGGCGAUUACUGGGCUC